GAGCUCAAAGCUCUCUUCCUCUCUAAUGGCGGACCUCAGAUGCUAAACAACAUACACCCUGUUUCUUUCUUUCUUUUUCAUGUCAAGAUUACAGAUAAAGAUGAGAACUUUAUUUCCCUCCUCCUCUCUUUUUGUUCUCUCUCUUGCCGCCACCUUUCUCUCUCUUCAAGCUUUGCCGGAAAAUAAAGACACCCAGUUACUGAUCAACUUCACGAGGAGUCUCCCCAAUGCUUCUUUGCUUCAGAACUGGUUUCCUAACCAAGACCCAUGUCAGUUCACCGGCGUUUCGUGUCGAGAAUCCAGAGUUUCUUCUAUACAACUCAGUAUAAAGUCUCUGAACGCUGAUUUCUGGUCUGUUGCGAAUUAUCUGCUGACUCUUGAGAAGCUUGAGUCUUUGUCUAUAGUUUCCAGCAACAUCACCGGCAACAUUUCUUUCCCUUCUGGAUUUAAGUGCAGCUCCGUUUUGGGCAGCAUAGAUCUAUCACAAAACAGCUUGUCCGGGCCUGUUUCGGGUUUGUCUUACCUGGGUUCUUGCUCGAGUUUGAAAUCCCUCAAUCUUUCCAAAAAUUCUCUUGAUUUUUCAGGAAAAGAAUCGAGGGGACUGCAGCUGGGUUUGCAGGUUCUUGAUCUUUCUUGGAACAAGAUUUCUGGUGCGAAUGUCGUUUCUUGGGUCCUUUUUGGCGGUUGCAACGGCCUCCAAUACUUGGCUUUGAAUGGAAACAAGAUCAGCGGAGAAAUUGACGUUUCUGGUUGCAAGAAUUUGCAGUUCUUAGAUCUUUCCUCGAACAAUUUCUCCUCGGGGAUUCCCUUAUUCGGAGAUUGCUUGGCUCUGGAGCAUCUAGAUAUCUCUGACAACAGCUUCUCCGGCAACAUCUCCCGUACAAUUUCUCCAUGUACGCGCCUGAAUUUCUUGAAUAUGUCCGAUAAUGAAUUUAUGGGUCAGGUUCCAGCUCUCCCAGCUUCCGAUUUGCAGUACCUUAAUCUGUCCCGCAAUCAUUUUAUAGGCGAGAUUCCUUUGCAUCUGACGGACUUCUGUUCGAGUCUGGUCGAGCUCGACCUUUCUUCAAACAAUCUCACCGGUACGAUUCCUAAUGGCUUUGGUUCUUGCUCUUUCUUGGAGUCUAUUGAUGUUUCUUCAAACAAUCUCACUGGUGAACUGCCUCUGGAGACAAUCCACCAAAUGGGUAACUUGAAGCAUCUUUUUCUGGGUUUUAAUCAUUUCUACGGCACUUUGCCGGAAUCUCUAUCCAAUCUCACCACUUUGGAGACCUUGGAUCUCAGUUCAAACAAUCUUAUUGGGUCGAUCCCUGUUUCUUUGUGUCAAAAUCCUAGAAACAAUUUGAAAGAGCUUUAUUUACAGAACAAUCAGUUAACUGGGUCUAUUCCGGCAAGUCUCAGUAACUGUUCUCAGCUUGUUUCCCUUCACCUAAGUUUCAAUUGCCUCACCGGAACUAUACCGGCCAGCUUGGGAUCUCUCUCCAAGCUUCAAGUUUUGAAGCUCUGGUUGAACCAGCUCCAAGGAGAAAUACCACCGGAGCUCAGUAACAUUCAGACACUUGAGACCCUUAUUCUUGACUUCAAUAAUUUGACCGGAACAAUCCCUUCGGGUCUGAGCAACUGCACUAAUUUGAAUUGGAUUGCAUUGUCCAACAACCGGUUGACUGGUGAGAUACCGGCGUGGAUUGGGAACCUGUCACAGCUUGCUAUUCUAAAGCUGAGCAACAACAGUUUCCAUGGAAGCAUUCCGCUGAAGCUUGGAGAUUGCCAGAGCCUGAUAUGGUUGGAUCUGAAUACCAAUAAUUUGAGUGGGACGAUUCCUCCUGUCCUAUUUAAACAAUCCGGAAAAAUUGCAGUGAAUUUCAUUUCGGGGAAGAGGUACAUCUACAUCAAGAAUGAUGGAAGUAGAGGGUGCCAUGGAUCCGGGAAUUUGCUAGAGUUCGCAGGAAUCAGGCAGAUCCAGUUGGACAGAAUUUCCUCCCGGAAUCCCUGCAACUUCACCAGAGUCUAUGGAGGUCACACGCAGCCCAAUUUCAACUAUAACGGGUCAAUGAUUUUUCUUGAUCUUUCUUACAAUAUGCUGUCAGGUAGUAUUCCAAAGGAGAUUGGCACAAUGCCAUACCUCUUCGUCUUGAAUUUGGGGCAUAACAACUUCUCUGGACCAAUCCCUGAAGAGAUUGGGAACUUGAGGGGUCUUGGAAUUCUUGAUCUUUCUUACAAUAAGCUAGAGGGGAUUAUCCCGCAAUCCAUGACUCAUCUUGCCCUACUUAGUGAAAUGAACUUGUCCAACAAUCAUCUUACUGGUGCCAUUCCUGAAAUGGGUCAGAUGGAGACAUUUCCUGCUUAUGACUUCGAGAAUAACAUAGGUCUCUGUGGGUAUCCUCUUUCUCCCUGUGAGUCAGGCACGGCAUCAGGAACUCAUCAUCGAAAUUCACACAGCAGACAGGCUUCCCUUGCUAGGAGUGUGGUAAUGGCGUUGUUGUUCUCCCUCUUCUCCAUCCUUUGUUUGAUUAUAGUUGCUGUGGAGACUAGGAAAAGAAGGAAGAAGAAGGAUUCUGCUGUUGAUUUAUACCUUGAGAAUAAUUCUCACUCUGGCACUGCAACUACUAGCUGGAAGAUCAUUGGUGCUCGGGAAGCUUUGAGCAUAAACCUUGCCACAUUUGAGAAGCCUCUCAGAAAGCUCACCUUAGCUGAUCUUGUUGAAGCUACUCAUGGUUUUCACAAUGACAGCCUUAUUGGUUCUGGUGGUUUUGGUGAUGUAUACAAGGCCCAACUGAAAGACGGAAGUGUUGUAGCCAUCAAGAAACUAAUACACAUCAGUGGACAGGGUGACCGGGAAUUUACGGCUGAGAUGGAAACCAUUGGGAAGAUCAAGCACCGGAACCUGGUUCCUCUCUUGGGGUACUGCAGGGUAGGAGAAGAACGGCUUUUGGUUUAUGAGUACAUGAAGUAUGGUAGCUUAGACGAUGUUCUACAUGACCAAAAGAAAGCUGGGAUCAAGCUGAACUGGGCGGCAAGGAGGAAGAUAGCUCUUGGGGCUGCUAGAGGUUUGGCUUUUCUUCACCACAAUUGCAUUCCACAUAUAAUUCAUAGGGACAUGAAGUCCAGCAAUGUCCUGCUAGAUGAAAAUUUGGAGGCUAGGGUUUCAGAUUUUGGAAUGGCAAGGCUUAUGAGUGCAAUGGACACACAUUUGAGUGUCAGCACAUUAGCCGGCACUCCUGGCUAUGUUCCUCCUGAAUACUUCCAAAGCUUUAGAUGUUCCACCAAAGGCGAUGUCUAUAGUUAUGGUGUGGUUUUGCUUGAGCUGCUGACUGGGAAGAGGCCUACAGAUUCAGCCGAUUUUGGUGACAAUAAUCUUGUUGGGUGGGUAAAGCAGCAUGCCAAGACAAGAGUGAGCGACGUUUUUGAUCCAGAGAUCUUGAAAGAGGACACCAGCCUUGAGAUUGAGCUUCUACAACACCUAAAGGUAGCUUGUGCAUGCUUAGAUGAUCGACCAUUCAGGCGGCCAACAAUGAUCCAAGUCAUGGCAAUGUUCAAGGAAAUACAAACAGGCUCUGGCCUUGAUUCACAAUCCACCAUAGCCACUGAUGAUGGUGGUUUUGGUGCGGUCGAAAUGGUAGACAUGACCAUAAAAGAAGACCCUGAAGGCAAGCCGUAGGUGAAACAGAGUUUCAGCAAUUUUCAACAGAAUUCUUUGAAGAAGAAGAAGGUAGCAAUUUCAUUCAGUUCCCAGAAAAGUUUUCCCUCUUUUACCAGUUAUACCACUUUGUAUCUGUACCAUUUGAUGUAUGUAUCUCGUGUUAUUUAUACAUAAAACGUUGUUUAACUUGUUAGAAAAUGUGUAAAUAUACAGUUUCUUUUCCAGUUUCCAAUUUGCUCGGUUUCUAAGUUGGUUCUCUAUCAAUAGAAAGUUUGUUUCAGA